AUGUCGCAUGGGACAUUUUGCUUCAUGAGCUUUGACGGGUACGGAUGGUACUUAUCAUCGACAGCAGCGCUGUUAUAUUCCUCCUGGAUCGUACACAAUCUGGUAGCCUGGCUGAAAAUCAAGCCGUUCUUGACAAAAACCGCAAGCAAUCUCUUUGUUGGGACAUUGUGCUUGACAAUUCCUCCUAUCUUACUACAAAUCGUUAACAACUUCUUGUUCUUCAACAACAUCAACGAUUUGUACGUCCGGGUUAGACCUUUCGAAGUACUCAUGAGAGAUCCAUGGUGGAUUUUCGCUUGCAUCUUAUUCUUCUACGUCAUUAAAACCCGUUACAAGGUCUCCAUUCGAGAACUGAUCAAUGGUCAUCCUCGCUUCGCUAUCAUGCUUGUGGCAAUGCUCUUCUCCAUGAUCUUCACAAUCGUCGACGUUCUCUCGAGCGUCAUACCAAACCUGACUGCAGUCGAUGGCAUCAACCCAUACUGGAAGAUCGCGCUCGUCUUCAAGGCGCUCACCGAUGUCAUAAUCCUAGAUGAUUUCAAAACCUGUCUCGAAAAGCUCCGCAGCAAGCUCGUCGACAGCCAGUUUAUCAUGAUGCCCAAACCGCCACCCGUACCACCAAAGGACUCCAAACCAAAAGAAAGAGCAGGGGCGACGACACUCACCGCCUGCGCAACCGCGAAAUCCUCUCCCACCCUAGUAUCAGGCCAAGGUCAAAGCCCUAAAGACAGCCUCGGUACUACAGAAUCAAGAACAGAAGACACCACCAGCACCAAUCCAGGAGCACAAGUCCGGGCCCAACGCUCCACAUCCGUCCGCAAGACUCUUGGUCACAUCGGCACCCUCCUAUCCCCUUUACCGAAUACCUCGCAAAUGCAAACGCAGCACGCCACCUCGCUGACCCCCUCCCCUCUGCCCAGCGAGAAAAGCCCGCACUCAGGCGGCUCGCACACGAUCCACGUGAAAAUGGACCUGGGGCUCAGCAGAUUCGUCAGCAGCGUGGUUGGACGUCGACCGCCGUCGGUCCAGAUGGAGAGUCCGCUGGAUCCGACGUGGCCAAGGAGGUCUACCGGUAGUGGGUUGAGGAGGGGUCUGUCGGUGCUGAGUAGUGGCGCGUUGAGCAGUAUGACGAGGUCGAGCACGAAUAGGUCGUCGACUGUGCCGAGUAGGCCGGACAAGACGCCCACUUGGUCCGAUGGAAUGCUGACGCCUGCGCCGGCGCCGGUGCCAAAAGGGGUAUGA